UGUCAUGACCGAACAGAAGGGCUCUCCUUUUCUUUUCACUUUUUCCUUAAAGUGCCUUCCGCCUCUCUCACAGUCUCACUCUCUGCUCUAUUUAAUCCCAAUCGCAACGCUAUCCUUACGCUACGACGCCUCAAUCGUCGUUUCAAGGUUUCCUCGUCUCGUUCAGUGCUAGUCGAACUCGCUGCUCUCCGGCGUCGUUUUGCUUAUUCGCUUUUCCAGGCGACUAUACCACUUCUCCGUGGAUUUCCCUUCCUCAAACUUUUGGCAACGAUCGAGCGACGUCGUCUUCAACCAGUGUUGCAGAGUAAAAAGGAUGGCAACUCCACAAAAUGGAGAAGAAGAAGAUCAGCAAGCCACACAUGCCCCAGCUGUUGGCUGGAGAGCAAUGUUGGAAGAACGGUACCAGAAAACCAAAGAGCAUGCAGAAACUUACCCUUACGUGUGGGCUUCAUAUAUUGUUGUAUAUGGCGGUUUUGGCCUAUGGCUUACCUACAGAUGGAGAAAGCUUCGCAAAACCGAGGACAGAGUACGAGUCCUUCAAGAGAGACUACGCAAGCUUGUUGAAGCUGAAGAGUCCACAAACUUUGCCACAUCAGUUAAAAAAGCUCCACCACCUGCCGAUAAACCUCCCAAAUAGUUAGGUUUGCUGCUAAUUCAAUUCAGCUUCUUUUACCCAUCAAUAUUGUGUCAAGUAUUACUUGAAAACAGAUUGCUUUUGCAUUGUCAAAUUGGAUGUGAGAAUUGAAGAAGCCAAAAAUCAUAUGAUAAUUUCAAGAACCUGUUAGGAAUCAAGUAGGAAAAUUUGCUCUUUGGUCAAGAUCUGAGAUUCAGAUAUGUUGAAAUCUGCAAAAUAUCAUAGUCAAUUUAUUAGAGGAUGACAAAUAGUGAUGAAUAAUUGUAUUCUAUACAUAUGCUAUCUCAACAUAGAAUUUUUGUUUAAGGGAUCACAUUUUUUGUAAGCUGAACCUCCACAUUUGUCAUACUUCUGUUGGGUUUAGUGAUCUUUUUAUUGUUGAUUGAUUUUCA